GCACGACGUGUCGCUCAGUGCGGCAUGACGUGAGCACGCCGAGGGAGGGGGAGGGCACGUAGCGGCGGAGCCGAGGGUGAAGACAUGUUGGAUGCUCGUCAACGUCAUGAUGUUGUGGUUAAGUCGAGCCAGGAAAGAAGCGGGGCGGCUGGAGAUGCUGCUGCCCGUGUCGGCGAGCGAGCCGGAGCCGGGGCCGGGGAGAUGUCGGAGAUGACUGUCUUCCUGAAGCUCUGCGCAGCCGCUUUUUACGGAAUAAGCUCGUUUUUCAUUGUCGUCGUAAACAAGAGCGUCUUGACCAGCCACAGAUUCCCUUCAAUAAUAUUCGUGGGCCUUGGUCAGAUGUUGGCAACGGUGACCCUGCUGUGGGUGGGUAAGGCAUGCAAAGUGGUAAAGUUUCCUGACUUCGACUAUAGUAUGCCUCGAAAGGUGUUUCCACUACCUCUCUUGUACCUGGGGAACCAACUGACAGGACUUCUUGGCACUAAGAAACUGAAUCUCCCAAUGUUUACAGUCCUAAGGAGGUUUUCUAUUCUGUUUACAAUGAUAGCGGAAGGUUUACUGCUCAAUAAGAACUUCUCUCGAUCUAUUCAGAUGACAGUAUUUGCAAUGUUGCUUGGUGCAUUCAUUGCUGCCAGUUCUGAUAUGGCAUUUGACUCAUUCGGAUAUGGAUACAUUCUUACAAAUGAUGUAUUAACAGCUGCCAAUGGAGCUUACGUAAAGCAGAAAUUGGAGUCAAAAGAGCUGGGAAAAUAUGGACUACUUUAUUACAAUGCCCUCUUCAUGAUUUUACCUUCUUUGGUCAUUGCAUAUGUCACAGGAGAUCUUCAGAAGGCAGUCAGUUUUGAAGGCUGGUCAAAUGCAAUGUUUGUGUUGCAGUAUCUGCUGUCCUGUGUAAUGGGGUUUAUUCUCAUGUACUCUACAGUUUUGUGCACUCAGUAUAAUUCUGCUCUUACGACCACAAUUGUUGGCUGUGUUAAGAAUAUUUUGGUAACGUACAUUGGAAUGUUUCUUGGCGGAGAUUAUAUAUUCACAUGGACUAACUUCAUUGGAUUAAAUAUCAGUAUUGCAGGAAGUUUGGUGUAUUCCUAUAUCACAUUCACAGAGGAGCAGGCAACCAGGACAUCAGGAAACAGCAGCAACACUGACACCAAGGGAAAAAUUGCUGUAUGAGCAGAGCAUCUUAAUAGAAUAACUUUUUUAGUAUUAUUCAUUUUAAUUUCAAAGAAUAAUUACUUUUAUCUGUAGUUGUAGAUGAUUUUUCAGUUUUGGUACAAGUUUAUUACAAUGUUGAAGGACCAAUAUUUAAAAAAAGACUAGUACUAAAUGGCCCACUUUUACUUAGCCACAGUUCAAGGCUUUACAGAUUCCCCUAAGGAUUUUUUUUGUCUGUCCCAAAGCUCCAAAUAGAUGUCUCUACUUGGGCAUCUUAAUCUGUUUAUUUUAAAAUAUUUAUUGUUUACACCUCUUUUUAACAGUGAAAGAACUGUACAAUAACCUAGUUGUCUUGGAGAUGGAAAAUAUCUUAUGCCUAAAGUGACUUUGAACAAAUUUACUAAAAAUUGGUAGCUUUACAAUUUAGUAUACUUCCAAGGAGGAAGUUGGAGUACCUAUAGUUUUCAACAUAUGUUUAAAAUUUGUACUUGUGGAUUGCAAAGCUGGGGAUAUCUUCUUGGAGCAUUGAGUACAGGUCAGCUGUCAACUGCAUUGCAAAUUCCAAAUUUGGUCUAUUUAACAGACUGCUUGAAUAACAUGGAAAUUGUAUUUGGAAGUAAACUGAAUCUUGAUUGUCUGUUACAGAAACAAGAAAAGUAAGUCAAUUUUAAAUGAAUAAAUGACAUUGAGUAGGAAAUGUUCUGUAUUUUCUAGGUUUCAAAUGGUAGACAAUGACUUUAGGGAACAAGGAUGUUAACACAAUUCUCUCAUUUUGACACAUCAUUUGCAUAUCUCAUGAUGAAAUGCCCAGAAAUACCUUUGCAAAGAACUACAUCUACCAAUACAGGUCUGCCAAUCGUAACAUCACAAGGGUGGUUUAGUGGAGAAUUGCAUUUUGCAAAAUGCAUUUAAUGGACUUUUGAACUGCCUUUCAUCUGAAAUUUAGCUGACUGGCAUUAAACAUCAAACAAUCAAAUGUUAUUGCAUGAUUGGGUUGUGUUAAAACUCAAUUUGAAUUGUAAGAGCAGUUUUUGAACUGUAAUGUUUAACAAAAAACAUUUUAAGUGUUUUAAUGCUUUCAAAAGAAUCUGCUAAACAAUUUAUAAAAUUUGAAGAUUAGAACAUGUUGAUUCACAUGAGAAAUGCUGAUAGACCUGAAAACUCAUUCUCUCUCUUGAUCCAUUCAAUUCUAACAUUUCAGGAAAUACUUAAAUCAUUGUUUCAAAUUUAAAAUGCCUUGUUCUGAAUCAUGAUGUACCAAAAUGUUUAAUGAUUAAUUAUUCUGUACUCCCGGCAGGUUGCUUGUGUUGUGUUUGUAACAACUUCAUAACAUUUUUAAUAUAAAGUGUGUGGAAUAUAAAGGUUGCAGAAAAAAUGUGUUAACAUGAAGAUUCAAGUAAACUGUGAAAUUCUUAAUGUAUGUGCAAUGUUUAACGAGAAUUUCCUAAAUUUUCAGUUUCUUAAAUACAUAUUCUAGCAGGAUAGUUCAUCAAAUGGCAUCUGUCAAUCAUGAUUUUGUGAAUAGAACAAGAUGAUUUUUAAAAAUCAUGCACAUUUACAGGGCAAGUAGGACCCAUAGACAUUAAGAGCCUCCACUACCCAGAAUCAUUGUGGCAGCCUUUUGCUUUUGUUCAGCACCAAGUCUGUUUAUUUAACAUUGCAAUGAAGUUCCCUGUAUAAUUUUGCUAUAGUCCACCAAGAUGUUUAGUGGCUGGUUUCCAAAAUGCUUUUAGUACAAAAAACAAUUCAAAUGCAGGUGUUGGUGGUCAGUAAACAUAUAUUGUUCAAUGUACAUAAACACUGAAGUGCCUAGAUAUUGAAUUAGAGCUGACAUAUGAAUAUUUUUAAAUAUUUGUGUAUUUAACCCAUUAAUGUAGAAGCAUUUGUAAAAUCUAGAUUUUCAUGCAAGUGAUAGCAAAAUUGGACAAAUGAAGCUUCUAAGUAUUGCUUUUGCAAUUUCCUGUAAUGUAUAAUGCAAGUGUUAUACUUUGUUUUUAAUUGUUCCACUGUACACAUUUUCAUUGACUGAAAUUUGGUUUUCAAAUAUAUUUUGUAACAA